GGUGAUAGUUAUCAUCUUAUAUCAUCAAUACAAGAAAAUCAUAAAGAUAAAAGAAUAUCAACUUAUAAAAGUUCUGAUUGUACUACAAAUGAUCAUUGUUGUUUACAUUCAACUUUAUCACAACCAAUUCAAGCACCAUCAUCAUCUAUUUAUCAUCAAGUUAAUCGUUUAAUGUUAUCUGGUAGUGAACCACCAUUACCAUUAGCUAAUAUAACAACAAAUCGUCAUUCAACUCCAACUUCAACAUUACGUUCAGUAAAAAAAGAUAUUGAUAAUUCAAGUGCACAAACAUAUUCAGCUGUUUAUUCAUGUGACUUAGCAGCUAAUUUAGAUAUUGAUCAAGAACUUUUUCCACAAUAUAGAUCAUUGAUAAGAAAAAGAUCGUUUAUAAAAACUAAUAAUCCAACUUUACUAGAAAGUCAAAUUUUAUUUCUUUAUAUGAAAAAUCUUGUUGAUUGUUAUGCAUUACAACCAAAUAAUCAUCAACCAAUUCUUCUUGCUGCAGCAGAUGAAAAUAGAAUUCAAUUAUUGCAUGCUCACUCCGGUAAUUUUCAUUCUCAACUUCCUGUAUCAUCUGUUGGUGCUUGUCAUAGUAUUUUAUUUUCUUCUAAUGGACAAUUUCUAAUUGGACUUUUUUAUGAAGUAACAUCAAAUGUAAAUCCUUAUGCUGUUAAAAUUUGGUCAACAGAUGAUUAUUCAAUUCGUACAAAUUUACAUCCAAUAAAAUGUUCCAUAGCUGUAACAUCUCGACAUUCAUCUAUACUUUAUAUGGCUGGUAAACAAAAAUAUGGUCGAGGUAUAUCACUUGGUUUACUUGAUAUUGAUUCAUGUAGUCUUGCACGUGAACUUAAAUCAGAUCCUGAUACAACAAUUGGUGAUGAAAUAAAACGAAUUAUAUUAACAAAAAAUGAAUCUUAUGCACUUGUUGCUUGUACAGAAUAUUCAAGUACAUUUGCAUGUUUUGUUGUUUUUAAAUUAGAAGCAAAUACAAUUAAUAAUGAUGAUUCAUCAUCAUCAACAUCAUUAAUAACAGGUUCAAUGAGUAAUUGUACAAUGAUAUUAACAAGAUUUGAUUGUAAUCCAAAUUUUACAUUUUCUAUUGCUGAUACAAAUAAUAGUGGUGAUCAAUAUAUGUUAACUAUAUUACGUACAAAUGAAAUUAUUAUUUGGCAAUUAAUUGAUGGAGAAAUUUUAUUUAAUUAUAAUUUUAAUUAUUUAUUUAAUGAUAAUGAUACAUAUCAAAUAGAUGAUUGUCAAAUGAAUGAUAAUCGUUUAUUAAUACAUGUUCAACAAGGUUUUAUUUAUAUUUGGGAUAUAACAAUUCCUAUAGGACAAUUUUUAUUUAUUGCUAAUAUUCGUGAUCCAUUGAUUCAUUCGAUUCGUUGGCUUGAUCAUCGACAUUUUCUUUCAAUUGAUCAUGAUGGUCAACGAAUACGUACAUGGAAUAUAAAUCGAAAAGAAGUUCUCAAUGAAUUAUUAUCACUUCAAGGUACAAUACAAUCAUUACAUGUACAUUCAAUAUAUAAUGAUUUAAAUAAUCGAAACGAAUAUUUAAUUGGUGGAUUAUCAAUGAACGAACGUAGUUUAAUUAUGUUUGAAUAUAAUCAAUUAAAUGAUAAUAAUACUGACUCAUCUAAUAAUAACAUUGUUAAUUAA